UGGUGACCAGAUUAAUGGGGUUGCACUAUAAUACAAAAUCCAAGAUAGCUUGUUUAGACAGAUUGCUAAAUUUAUCAUGUAAACAAUUUGUUUCAGAAUAUAGACAACACCUGGAAAAAGUCAAGUACCCCAUCUGAUAAUUCGUCAAAUGGUUUAUCAGUAACAGAUCCCCUGAGCAUGAUUCAAGCUAAACCAGACACUUUUGAUGGGCUCGAUCCACUCUCCAUAUUUGCUGCUCAGGAAGCCAAUACAAAGCAGGCUGUACCUGUUUCUGCUCCAGUGUCCAAGAAACAGCGGGCAUCUUCUCUGUCUAAGGAACAGUCUGGCAAAAGUGAAAAAGAGGACGACUUUUUUGAACCUUGGUCCAACAAGAGAACUGGAAUCCUUGCUAAAUACACAACAUCUGAGAAACUGUCUAUUACUACAAGUUUCUUGUCAUCAUCUGAUAAAGACAAAAUUGUAAUCAAGCAGCAGACGACAGUCACAGAUAAAGUAAAACACAGGCUGGAAGACCUAAAUGACUUUGAAGAGGGUUCAGUCAAAGAAAUGCUGAAUCUUAGUCAGCAAGAUUAUGUCAAGAGAAUUGAGGAAUUGAAUCAGGCUUUGAUCACAGCUUGGGAAUCUGACCAGAGAGUGAAGGCUCUUAAGAUUGCCAUACAGUGUUCAAAACUUCUUGCUGAUGUAUCUGUGAUUCAGUUUUACCCAAGCAAGUUCGUUCUCGUCACAGAUAUACUGGACACUUUUGGAAAACUGGUUUAUGAAAGAAUAUUCCGCAAAUCUAGCAUCUUUACGCCAGGCAGUAACUUACCCACCAUGCUCCCAGAAAAAUUCACUCCUGACCAGGUGCCAGACUCUGCUAAAGAAACAUGUAGAAACUGGUUUUACAAGAUCGCAUCAGUGCGGGAGCUUAUUCCUCGAUUCUAUGUGGAGACAGCAAUACUGAGAUGUUACAAUUUCCUGACUACUGGAGAGUUUUCACAGGCUCUUGUUCGUCUCACUAAGAUGAUUCGCGGCAUGGGUGACCCUCUAGUGGCAGUGUAUGCAAGAACUUAUAUCUGUAGGGUUGGUAUCCUUGUAGCACCUGAUGUACGGGAUCAUUUGAUUGAGAACUUGUUCAGCUUCAUUAUCAGCUAUAAACAGCUUCAGAGUGACACAGUGCAGAAUAUUCUGGCUGAACAGAGGCUUGAAAUGCCUCAGUACCUUCAGCUGUAUCCUCCUGCACUGGACUGGAUCCUGCAGUGCAUUGCACAAAAGAGCCCAGAGUCCACACUCACAGAUAUCCUGAACCGCUGCGAGAAACAAUGUAACAGCGCAUUACUGUUGAACUCGGUUAUCACAGCAUACAAACCAGAAUAUAUUGCAGAAAGAGCCUUGCAGUUCACUGAAUUGAUUAGAAACUGUGAGGAGGCAGGAUUUCCAAAGCAUCACCUCUACAGAUCUCUUGGACUAAACUUAAGUCUUUGUGAUCCUCCUGAAGCUCAGAGACUGCAAAUUCUCAGUGAGGUCUGGAAAGUGGUGAUGAAAAUGAAAGAGCCCACGGACUACAUCAGCUGUGCGGAGGCCUGGAUAGAGUAUGUUUGUAAGCACUUCACGAAACGUGAAGUGAACACUCUUAUUGGAGACGUCAUCAAACACAUGACCCCAGAAAGAGCGUUUGAGAGACACUAUCCCCAGCUUCAAUCCAUCAUGUCUAAAGUACUGGACCACAUUCACGACUUCUCGAUUCUGGUAGCGAUGGACAAGUUCCUUCCUUUUGUAGACAUGUUCCAGAAGGAGACGAUCAAAGUAGAUGUGUGCAAACUGAUCAUGCAGGCUUUUAUAAAAUAUCAACAAGAGCCGACGAAUGAUCCAGUGGUAGUGAAUGCUUUGCUGUUUGUUUGCAAAACGAUGCACGACUCUGUGAAUGCGUUAACUCUGGUUGAUGAGAAGAGAGUGAUUGGUCAUUUAAUUACAGGAUUUUUACGCAAGAUCGAUUUUGGCCGUGACUUUGAAAGGCAGCUAGAUUCUUAUGUGGACGCUCGUUCUUCUUUCUCCAAUCUGGAAACCGUGCUUGUAAUGCUUGUUCAGAGUGUAAAUUUGUUAGCUAUGCGGACCCGUGAUGUGGUUAAAGGAAGCCACACACGAAAGACUGCGUCUUUCAUCAGGGCUUGUGUGGCGUACUGUUUCAUCACCAUCCCCUCCAUAGAUGACGUUUUUACCCGCCUCAAGCUUUAUCUCCUGUCAGGACAGGUCGCCAUGGCAAACCAAGCCCUCAGUCAAGCGGAUGCAUUUUUCAAGGCGGCCAUAAGUCUUAUUACCGAAGUUCCUCGUACGAUUGAAAUCGACCAUAAGGUGAAACCCUCAGAGCCGUUUCUUCUCGCCUACAUGAACAACUUCUUCUCCACAUUGUUGGUGGUUCCGGAUUCACCUGAUCAAGGUGCGUUGUAUCUUGUGCGAGGAAUGUUGAAUGUUGUGCAGGAAUACACUUGGGAAUUAAACAGUGGUGCAAAGAUGAGUAUUUAUCUGAACGCCAUUUGCCUUCUCUCCGCCAUGAGUCAGGAAUACUUCAUAUAUCACGUCGAGAGAGUGGACUCAAACGACAGACUGUAUGGCUGUGACAAGAAAUUCCUGGCCGAGAUCAACAAAAUUGUUUCUACAUUGAUGGAAGCAGUGUUUGAGCACUUGAAGUCUUUAACUUCCGACGAAGCGUUGAAGAGACAAGCGGCAAUAGCCAUUGGGUUCUUCAACAGGCUGUUAUGUCACGCGGACCUGUCGCAACCUCAGUUAGCUACCUUAGCCCUGAACCUGUGGAAUCUCGCUCAGAAACACGGCUUUGGAAAUACUAAAUACACGCUGCGCACUCUGGAGUAUGUGAAACAGAAAGGAGCCUCCGGACACAAAGAGUUUGCUGGCUUAGCACAGAAAAUGAGUCUACAGACAAGAACAUAAAGAGAAGAAGCUGUCAAUUGUUUCAUAUUAGGCUCGCGUAAAUCCAGUCAAAAUAUAUUGGCUGAUAUGCAAUUAGCUAAAGAAUGAUUUCAUGACAAAGUGAGAGUUAGUCCUUUGCAUCUCGUUUUUGAGAGAGUGUAUCGGACGGGGGUCUUGUAUAGGACCGUAUAGAUGUGACGGGGAUGUUUGCUUUACCCCUCGGGUCUUCGUGAUGUAUGGCCCUGUGGUAUAGACAUAGCCGGUAUGGACUGCAGGAAGACUCUGUUGAUGAAAUUUGUAAAUAUCUUUCGAUGAGUCUGCGUAUUCAGAUUUUCACCAAUAUCAGUCCUAUCUAGCGGUACAGCUUACUGUUUUUUAUAUUUUUUUUUUAUGAGCGUCUCAAUUCUCCAUACUGGUUGUUAUAUUCAGCUCUUAAUGUUGGUUCUGAGAAAGUGAUCUUACAUCAAUAUAAUAUCGUCCAGUCGAUUAUUUUCUUUCUCUCGUCACCGUUCCGAAAUGUUGAUUAUAAGUUUCAGCGCGGACUUAAACUGACUUGAAUCCAAGGUCUCUCACACUAGGGAAAUAUUUGUGACUUAAUUAUAAAUAACAGAUCAUCCUGAAUGAUAGUCACACAGAUAAAUGUCGAGCAUAUGUGUGUUUGGUUAGCUUUUUCUACGAGUUUCACAAGUAAACAUAUAUUGUAAGGAAAAUUAAAAGUAUAUUUUAUAUAACUUUAUCUCACGUGGUCAUUAUAAGCGUCGAAAAGAAGACGGAUGUGGCAAUGUCUGGGUUUGUUUGACUUUUUUCUAUGGUGUCAAAUUGUCAAAAGGAUAAAUUGCUCUUGGCGCGAAAAGUAAGUAAUGGAAUUCUCGCUUACUGAAUAAAAUAAAAUUCACAUUCACUGAUGUUAUCCACGCUGCCAGUUUUUUUUAGGAUUAGCCCGAAGGAAAAUAGCGAUAAAAAGUGUUUCUGUUUUACGUGUUAUAUCAAAGUUUUUUUUUUCUUUUUUUUUUCCAAAAAAGUUCAGUUUCCGUGCCAGAUUAGUGUGGACAUAGGCCAAACUGUAGAAAUAAAGCUGCGUUUUUAAAUUUCUGCGGCGUAGUGUGUACGGACCAUAGUUGACCCAAGCCUAAUGUUUGAAUAGAUAUAAAUGAUAUUUUGAAAAAAAUGUAAGAGUGUAUAUGGAAUUAGAACUGAGACUUUCUGUCGAUAGAUAAUGUCGAAAUCACGAAAUAAAGUUAACGAAACCGUCUUUGGUA